UAGUUCCUAUGGUUGUCCCGCUGGGUCACGUGGCUAGGGAAGGUCCUCCCGGAGGUGGAGGGGAGGGGAAAGGGGCGGGAGGAGGAGGCGGGGGAAAAAACUCUCGACCAAGAUUACGACAACGGCGAUGAAGGGAGUUGUCAUGGUGCCUUGGGGUCUGGUUCGCGCAUGCGCCAUCUGACAGCCUCUGUUUGGUCCUGGAGUAGCGACCCCUGCCCCAGGGUUGUCCAGAUGGAAAGAGUGUUGAUGAAUCUGCUUCCCGCACAGUGAGAGUAUGGAGAGAAAAGACCCAGCCAGGAGCAGCCCGAGAAGGCUAUUGGCUAAACUUGGCAAAGUAAUGGAGAGGAAACAAAUGGCUCAUCACUUCAGCAUGGCAGCUGCCGAGUCAGAUAAGGACUCUGGAUUUUCAGAUGGAAGCUCAGAGUGCUUAAGCUCUGCAGAGCAAAUGGACUCGGAGGAUAUGCUGAACACCUUGGGCUGGCAUGGAGAAGAUGGGCCCCGACAGAACUCCACAACAGCAAGUAAUUCCUUUCCAGCUCUGUCUUCCAUGGUUGUCAUGAAGAAUGUGUUGGUCAAACAGGGCAGAAAUUCAUCCCAUCUCCAGUCUUGGACUGUCCAGCCCUCUUUUGAAGUGAUUCCAGCUCAGCCACAGCUAGUAUUCCUUCAUCCAUCUGUGCCACCUCCUGUUAGUCCAUACCCUGCUGGCGAGAAGAAAAAUGACUCCAGAAACUACUUGCCUAUUCUAAACUCUUACACCAAAAUAGCUCCACAUCCAGGCAAGAGGGGCCUUGCCCUCAACCCAGAGGAAAGAGGAGAAACCGGUAUGCAGAAACGAGUCUGUACAGAGAGACACAGGACAAGUUUGUCUUCCAUUGGGCCAACCAAGACUAAUAUUUUGCCAUCUAAUCCUUCUACUCCAGUACCACCCAACACAAACCUUGCUCAGGACUCAACUCAGCAGAGUUUGUCAUCUUUGGUGGUGAGUAGAAGUCUACAGACUGUUCCUGGUAGUCCAGCAGUGUCUAGUAGCCAUACAGCUAAAGUUCCAAAUUUGACCUUUGCCUCCCCCGCUAGCCCCCUUGGCUCAUCUGAUAGCACUUUGCAUGGGUUAGAGAGUCCCAUGCCACUUUCGGCACUAUCAGCUCCUUAUGGCCCACCUGGAGCAGGAGACCAGCUCUGCCACCCUCCAGAAACCUUCCCUGAGCAGCGGCAGAGCAAGCACAGGCGCUUCCGGAACACCCUGGUGAUCUUGCACAAGUCUGGGUUGUUGGAGAUCACUUUGAAAACCAAGGAGUUGAUUCGUCAAAACCAGGCAACUCAGGUUGAACUGGAUCGGCUGAAAGAGCAAACCCAGCUCUUGAUGGAGGCCACAAAGGGCAAUGCCCCUCAGGCUUGGGCCAAAUUACAAGCAUCUUUAACAUCUGUGUCCAGUCCAACUGGAAGUCACUUUGAGGCGUUAUCCGCUUAUACAAACAUAUAACAUAAGAGGCAUAUUUUGCCUUCAUUUGAGUGAUUUUAGUGCUUCUUAAUGAUAUUUGCUUCUGUCCUCCAAAGCUUCUAGAGAAGCUUUAUUUUUGUUUUAAAGUUGAAGAACAUGCUUAAAGGCUCACUCAUGAGAGCACCUGCAAUUAACUGGCUCUCGUUGCUAACCUGUACACUGUGCCCAUGUUAUGUCAUACUUCAACAGGAACCUCAGGUUGGAGCUGUCCCUGGACCCUGCAUGAAUCAGGUGGUAGGAAUAAGAGACAUGAGCUCUCCUAGCAAUUACCUGCUCAUCAUUCCACUCAUUAAGCAGGUUUACAGAUGCAUAGGAAUGGAGAAGCACACAUGCGCCCAUACGCACGCGCGCGCGCGCACACACACACACACAGUGGGUCCUGUGGCAUCUGUAGGACUGGAGAGUAGGGAACCCAAAGGGUUCUAAUGGAUCUUUGCUUACUUGUCUUAGUCACAUCUAAAAACAAGUGGAGGUGUGUCUGCAUUAUAGCUGCCUUCCACAGAUAGAAUGCUAUUUGGUCCAAACCUGAAAUUCCUUUGGUGCAAGUUUGGCAUAAUGUGCAACGCAGCCUAAUCACUUAAGAUUUAAUUUCCUUAAACUGGAGAAUUGAGGUGAAAGUGUAAUAGCAUUAGACUGACAUUAACUACAGAUUUUUCCAUGCAAGCCAGACUGCUCUACAUCAGAGCAUUAUACCUGAGCAAAAUAAUUUAAGAUUUCUGAAGUAUUUAGUGGAUUACAUAACAUCUAGAAUCCUGUAAUAAGAACCUGGCAGUGUUGUUUUUUGAUGAAUUGAUUCUCCAGGCUACCAAGCCUGGAGAAAGUUACCAAGAACUUGUACCCUUUUGUUUGUAUCUAUCUAGUUCAGGUGGCUCUGCUUUUAUUCCUCUUCAGCUGUGAGAUAACUGGACCUGUAUCAAGUCUAAAAAUUCUUAUGUCAAUUCGAAGGGAUCCCCAAAGUGAAGUUUACCCUGCACUUCCCUCACUCCCCUGAAGGUCUGAGGGAAAUUAAGGAGAGACCUUUUAGAGAGCACACUUGAAUUCAGUAAAAUUCUCCUCAGAUUUUGAGCUUCUCUUCAGGCUUAUCACUUUCCCUUCAAAUCCUCAAAACUUGCAUCAGCUUCCAAUAUUAGAGAGGGACUGAUGAUAUCAUACCAUCUUCCAUCAUCUGUUUGAGAUUGCUGAAUCUUCCCUAGAGACUUAGGUCGCUGAUCUAAGUUCAUGUGGAAAGGAAGAAUAUGAUCAGAAUUCCUAGUCUUGAAAGUAUGAUGCUUUUCUGUUGGAGUAGAAAGGUAAAACAAGUUUUUAGGUGAUAAAGUCUUAGGCCCAGAAAACUUUUUAAUCCUUUGAUUUAAAUAUCUCAUUAUCUUGAGUUCCAUCUCUGUGUGUAAGAAAUAAUUUUCAUUAUGCGGAUAAGAGAAAAAUUCUCAGAGACUUCAGCUUUUUAUCUUAUAGGAAUGCCUCUAACAUAAUAGAAAAUUUCACACUUGGGUCACAGAAAAAGGAUUUAGACCUUCCCCCCACCUUCCUUUUUGGUAUUCAGAAGUUAGGAUUUUGAAACAGUUGAUUUCAAAAGAAUUGUACAACAUAGACAUUAAAAAUUCUUAUUACACUUAUGUAGAUUCACCUCUAAUCAGUGCAGAAUUUUUAUCUGCCUUGUGUUUUCUGGAGGAAGUUAAAUCAAGAACAAGUUAUGGCAUUGAACAAGGUCUCUUGUCCUUUGAAGAUCUUCUCCUGGCCCAACUUGCUUACUUCCUCUGAAUCUGUUUGCAUGGUACUAGAGCAGUGGCACACUGUGCGCCCUGCUAAGAAACUUCCUUUUGGCAGAUAAAUUUGGCAUAGAAGCUAUAGAGCCAGGUGCAUUCCGGAACAGCCUGGACACCACUUAUGAGCCUUACUGUUUGGCAAAACUGAAAACACUUACUGGGAACCAAAUUUAUUUCAUCAGAAAAAUCUGCUGUGGAGCUGUAAGCUUCUUGUAUUCUUCCCAGAUUAAGGUUUGCAUUUUGCUUAGUAUCACAGCAAAAGAUGAUGAAACCUGUCAUUGAUCCUUACUACUAAAUGGAAAUAAGAAACAGAUAUGACUCAGGAUUAUCUUUCUGUUCUAGAUGUCUCAGCUGGAAGCCUUGUUAAGAUUUUGUACAACAUAGGUUUUUCUCUCUUUAACCUAUAAGUAGCUAGGUCUGAGUAGAGAAUCUAGGCUUGGGAAGGUGGAGGGACAUGCAUUGAGGCCAGCAAAGUGGAACAGAAGCCAGAUCUGCGUGUGACAAAACAACUCUUGGGCUGAUCAGGAAGAUAUCUGCUCCAUUGGUUGGACAAGGCUGUAAGUAGCAUUGGUCUUACAGAUGCAUAGUUGGGUCUAAUAUAUGAAACAGCAAAUAUUUUCUGUGAGUGAUUAAGUCAAACGUGGCAUAGAUCUUAUCUACAAGGUGCCCUAGAUGUAUUUUCAGCCCAUAGAAUUUUAGGUGUUACUAUGAACAAUAUGGAAAUGCCUCUAGAAAAAACAUGGUGUUGGAUUAAAUUGGUUGUGGAAAUGGAGUCAACGAGGUUUGUAAUUGAUAACAUUUUUGUUGCUUUUUUCCCUAAUUGUAGUAUUGACAUAUGACUCUCCUCCCCCUCCCAAUUUCAUACUACCUGUAGCUAGGAUAUAACUGUUGUGCAUACAUUAAUAUGCAUAUCUAGCUGUGAAUUCUGUAGGGUAGAAAUGUCUUUUGGGGGAAGGAUGCAAUUUUGCAUAAAUUGACUUGACUGUGAAAUUUGAAAGAGAAAUAAAAGUCACCUACUUG